UAAUUACAGCCAGGCCGCGUGACAGAGGUGGGAGCUCUCCCGGUGCUUUCCGCAGCCGACAUGGAGGGAAACCCAGUCUGGCUAAUUGACCUGGCUUCUGUAAGGCCAUCCAUCAAUCUUGGCCCGAGUGCCCCCUAAGAAACACAUUAUUCAGAGAGAAAGGGGGAGAUCAGAGAGGAAGGCAGCAGAAACAUUUGAGGGAAGUGUAUGUGAGUGAUUGCGAGAAGGAGAGUCUGGAGUGUGCGAGCAUUGGAGAGAGAGAGGGAGAGAGAGAGCAGCGCUGCAGUAGCAUCCCACAGCAGACGGUUGAGGACUGCCGAUGUGUGUGUGACUGCACUGCUGAAGAAGAAGAAGAAGAGGAGGAGGAGGAGGCAGAGGGUGAGCACGCUCGCAGACUCUGCAGGGCCAUUGAGGAACACAGAGCAGCAGCGGCAGCGCUAGUGUUGGCCGGCACCAGGUAAAGGUCCCAGCACUGUUGCCCCGCAGACCACCGCCUUAGGAUCUGGACACGCCAACGCUGCCCCCCCCACUACCAACACCAUGGCACAAGCCGCCAAACAUCUCCGCAAGAACAAGGAUUUAGAAGCCCAGCUAGAACAGGAGCGCAAAGAGAAAGAGGAGGAGAGGAACAAAAAAAGGAGUCGUUCACGGGAUAAAAAACGCAAGGCAGAUGCUGGCAACAGUUUUCUCCGAGCGGCCCGUUCUGGCAACCUUGACAAGGCCCUGGACCAUAUAAAAAAUGGCAUCAAUAUAAACACAGCCAAUCAGAAUGGGCUCAACGGGCUGCAUCUGGCCUCAAAAGAAGGCCACGUUAAAAUGGUGCUGGAGCUACUCCACAAUGGAAUCGUACUGGAGACCACCACAAAGAAAGGGAACACAGCCCUGCACAUUGCAGCCCUGGCAGGGCAGGAGCAGGUGGUCGCAGAGCUGGUUAACUACGGGGCCAAUGUCAACGCUCAGUCCCAGAAGGGUUUCACUCCACUCUACAUGGCUGCACAAGAAAACCAUCUAGAGGUUGUAAAGUUUCUUCUGGAGAACGGAGCCAAUCAGAGCAUUCCAACCGAGGAUGGAUUCACUCCUCUUGCCGUGGCUCUUCAGCAGGGUCAUGAGAAUGUAGUGGCUCUGCUCAUCAACUAUGGCACCAAGGGAAAGGUCCGCCUCCCUGCACUGCACAUUGCAGCACGCAACGACGAUACUCGCACAGCCGCAGUGCUUCUGCAGAAUGACCCCAAUCCUGAUGUACUCAGCAAGACUGGAUUCACACCCCUCCACAUUGCUGCACACUAUGAAAACUUGAACGUAGCUCAACUGCUUCUCAAUAGAGGAGCCAAUGUCAACUUCACCCCAAAGAACGGCAUCACUCCUUUGCACAUUGCAGCCAGACGGGGGAAUGUGAUCAUGGUCCGACUCCUGCUGGACAGAGGGGCUCAGAUUGAUGCCAAGACCAAGGAUGAGCUGACUCCUCUGCACUGUGCAGCUAGAAAUGGUCAUGUCAGGAUUAUAGAGAUCCUGCUGGACCACGGAGCCCCCAUCCAGGCAAAGACUAAGAAUGGCCUGUCUCCAAUCCACAUGGCAGCACAGGGGGACCACAUGGACUGUGUCAAGCAACUUCUGCAGUACAACGCAGAGAUUGAUGAUAUCACACUGGACCACCUUACCCCUCUGCAUGUGGCAGCGCACUGCGGCCAUCACCGCAUGGCCAAAGUGCUGCUGGACAAAGCGGCAAAACCCAACUCUCGGGCAUUGAAUGGCUUUACUCCUUUGCAUAUUGCUUGUAAAAAGAACCACAUGCGUGUGAUGGAUCUCCUGCUUAAACACUCUGCAUCAAUAGAGGCUGUGACUGAGUCUGGCCUGACCCCCUUGCAUGUGGCAUCAUUUAUGGGUCAUCUCAACGUAGUGAAGAUCCUGCUGCAGAAAGGAGCUUCCCCCAGUGCCUCCAAUGUGAAAGUGGAGACUCCUCUUCAUAUGGCAUCUCGGGCAGGACACUAUGAGGUGGCAGAGUUUUUAUUAGAGAACGCAUCACCAGUGGAUGCCAAGGCCAAGGAUGACCAAACACCUCUGCACUGUGCAGCUCGGAUGGGCCACAAGGAAAUAGUGAAGCUGCUGCUGGAGCACAAAGCCAACCCCAACUCCACCACCACAGCUGGCCACACACCCUUACACAUAGCUUCCAGGGAAGGUCACGUGCAAACUGUACGCAUCCUGCUGGACAUGGAGGCUCAGCAGACCAAGAUGACCAAGAAAGGCUUCACUCCACUUCAUGUGGCCUCCAAGUAUGGCAAGGUGGAUGUAGCAGAGCUGUUGUUGGAGCGAGGAGCCAACCCUAAUGCUGCUGGGAAGAACGGUCUGACUUCGCUGCAUGUUGCUGUACAUCACAACAACCUGGAUGUUGUUAACUUGCUCGUUAGCAAGGGAGGGUCGCCGCAUAGUGCAGCCAGGAAUGGCUACACCGCCCUCCACAUAGCAUCCAAGCAGAACCAGGUGGAGGUGGCUAACAGCCUGCUGCAAUAUGGAGCUUCAGCCAAUGCUGAGUCACUGCAGGGAGUCACACCUCUCCACCUGGCCUCACAGGAAGGAAGGCCUGACAUGGUCUCCCUUCUGAUCUCCAAACAGGCCAACGUCAACCUCGGAAACAAGAGUGGAUUAACACCCCUCCAUCUGGUGGCACAGGAAGGACACGUUGGCAUCGCAGAUAUCUUGGUGAAGCAAGGGGCUUCAGUCUACGCUGCCACGCGCAUGGGUUACACCCCUCUCCAUGUAGCGUGUCACUAUGGCAACAUCAAGAUGGUGAAAUUCCUCCUGCAGCAACAGGCCAAUGUCAACAGCAAAACAAGGGUUGGUUACACUCCUCUGCACCAGGCAGCCCAGCAGGGACACACAGACAUUGUGACACUGUUGCUGAAGCAUGGAGCUCAGCCCAACGAGACAACAACAACUGGGACUUCAGCCCUGGCCAUUGCGAAGAGGUUGGGCUACAUCUCUGUGAUUGACGUCCUAAAGCUCGUUACUGAGGAGACGGUUUCUAUGACAACCACAGAGAAACAUCGCAUGAGUUUCCCAGAAACAGUGGAUGAGAUACUGGACGUGUCUGAGGAUGAAGGAGAGGAGCUCUUGGGGACAGAAGGGGCCAGGUACAUGAAGAUGGAUGACAUGAAAGACCAUGAUGACGAUUUCCUCUCCCCCAAGAAAUCACUGGAGUACGAGAGAGGGCUGGGAACAGCGGAUUACUCGCCAGCCAUUCCAAGGAUUCCCAGAGUAUCUCCGGAAACCGUUAUCCUGAAAGAGCAUGAGAUAGAUCAGCAACACACUCCACUUCCACUGCCCAAAGAAUAUGAUGAUGACUCACUGAUUCCCAGCAGCCCAGCAACUGAGACGUCAGACAAUGUCAGCCCAGUCGCCAGUCCCAUACACACAGGGUUCCUGGUCAGUUUUAUGGUAGAUGCUCGAGGAGGUUCAAUGCGAGGCAGCAGGCAUAACGGUCUGCGUGUCAUCAUACCUCCACGAACCUGUGCUGCACCCACCCGCAUCACCUGUCGUCUGGUGAAGCCGCAGAAGCUGACCAGCCCUCCUCCACUGGUGGAGGGAGAGGGCCUGGCUAGCAGGAUCAUCUCCCUGGGGCCAGCCGGGAUGCAGUUCCUGGGACCGGUGAUAGUGGAGAUCCCCCACUUUGCUGCUCUGGGUCGUGGUGACAGGGAGCUCGUGGUGCUGAGGAGCGAGAAUGGCUCAAUCUGGAAAGAACAUCGCAAUCGCUACGGCGACGAGGUGCUAGAAACAAUCCUCAAUGGGAUGGAUGAGGAAUUAGAAAGUCAAGAAGAGCUCGGGAAGAAGCGAAUCCGUCGCAUCAUCUCCACCGACUUCCCCCUUUACUUUGCUGUUGUGUCACGAGUCCAGCAAGAGAGCGACCUGAUUGGACCAGAAGGAGGUUUGCUGACAAGUAAUCUGGUGCCAUUGGUCCAGGCCACAUUUCCUGAGACAGCAGUCACCAAACGUGUCCGCCUGGGGCUGCAGGCUCAGCCGGUUCCAGAUGAGCUGGUUGCAAAGCUGCUGGGUAACCAGGCAAACUUUAGCCCUGUGGUCACUGUGGAGCCUCGGCGGCGCAAGUUUCACCGACCCAUUGGACUGCGUAUACCCCUGCCCCCGUCCUGGAGGGACAGCCCCCGAGACUCUGGGGAGGGCGACACCACCAGUCUACGUCUGCUUUGCUCUGUCAUAGGUGGCACAGCCCCAGCCCAAUGGGAAGACAUUACUGGCACCACCAAGCUUAUGUAUGCCAAAGACUGUGCCAGUUUUACAACCAAUGUUUCAGCACGAUUCUGGCUCGCAGACUGUCCUCGGACAGCUGAGGCUGUUUCCUUUGCCAACCUGCUCUACAGAGAGCUGUCAGCUGUACCAUACAUGGCAAAGUUUGUGGUGUUUGCAAAGAUGAAUGAGCUGCGAGAGGGCCGCCUACGCUGCUACUGCAUGACCGAUGAUAAGAUGGAUAAAACCCUGGAACAACAUGAGAACUUCACAGAGGUGGCUCGCAGCAGAGACAUAGAGGUGAUGGAGGGAAUGCCGCUUCACCUGGAGUGUUCAGGGAAUCUGGUGCCUGUGAGGAAGGCCACCCAGCAGCCUCGCUGCUUCAGCUUCCAGGCGUUUAGAGAUAACCGGCUUCCUGUCUCUGUUAAGGUGAGAGACAGCAGUAAAGAGCACACUGGAUUUUUGUCUUUCCUGCGCAAGUCCACAAAGUAUGAGGACAGCCAACAUGUGCUCUGUAACCUCAACAUUACCAUGCCCCCUUGUAUCAAGAUUGUUGGGAGUGAAGACCGGAGGCGAACUCUGACCCCGCUGGCCUUAAGAGAAAGAUACAGCGCCCUAAAUGAACCCGCUAUGGCAUCAUUGAGCGCUAUGGAAAGGACAGAGCUGAAGAUGGCUGUGAUUGCCGAACAGUUGGGACUGAGCUGGGCUGAGUUGGCACGCGAGCUUCAGCUCAGUGUAGAUGACAUCAAUAAGAUCCGUGUGGAGAAUCCUAAUUCGCUGCUGGAGCAGAGCUCUGCACUGCUCAACCUGUGGGCCACCCGAGAGGGCAAGAGGGCCAAGAUGGAGAGCUUGUACGCAGCUCUGAAGAGUAUUGACCGGAUGGACAUAGUGAACAUGUUGGAGGGCCAGCCGCCUCAGCCUGCGAGACAAGGCUCCCGCGAUUUCAGCAGACGUCGAAACAAUGACAGAGACAACCUCUCCCCUGGUAUGACUAAUGGUUAUGGGCUCGCGCAGGACGAGCUUCUCUCACCGGCCUCCAUGCAGUACAGCCUGCCCUCUCCGCUGGGCGCUGAGCCUUACUGGCAAGAAGUCUCCAGUCUGGACUGUGCUCCCAUUGCCACCACAGAAGAAGACACCCUCAUGGAGAUGUCUGAUGUGCAGGUGUGGCCCUCAGGCAACAGCCCGUCCCUGGUGCCUGUGGAGGACUCUUCGCUGGAAUGCAGUAAUGCUGACGACUCAGAAGGUCUGCUGGGGCUGCCGUAUGGAAGUCUGGGUCGGCCGGCUAGUCAGGCCAGUGUACCCAGCGGAGGGGGUGGGGUGCUGAGUGGCUCCAUCGAGCUGCCCGAAGACGAUUCAGAGAUGGGCGUUGACUCACUCAGCACUGCCACGCCAGCGUCGCUUGGGGGCACCAUCGCUGGGAUCAAUCUUAACGGGCUGAACAAUGGUCAGGGGUCAGAGGCAAGUUCGGAGGUAUCAGCAGUUACCAGUACGACUGGUGGAGGUGGAGCUGGAGGAGGAGGAGGAGGACAAGGAGGGACGGGCUCAGAGGAAGGGCUUUCUCUUGUUGCAGGACAGCAAAGGGUGUAUGCUCGGCUGAGUGAGUCACCUGGUCUGAGCUGUGUUGCAGACCGAAAUGGAGACAGGUCAGGUAGUGGUGGAAACGGUGGCGGUGGAGGCUCUUUCCUUUCCUACCUGCAGGAACAGUCAGGCCCGGGGUGGAUACCUGUCACGGACCCUACACAGGCCUGGGUGGGCAGUCAGCCAAAGCCCAGGCAGGCCAUGGACACCAUGAUAUCAUCAGUAUGUAACGUCGUAGAUGGAGACCAGUCCCACGUAUCCCAGGAGGCCUUGCUUCAGCCUGUAAGGGACAUGGGCCACUCAGAGAUCUUACGGGGGCACUUCAGGGGUACCCAGCCAUUUGAGAAGGGUUUGGGCUUCCCACACAGAGUACCAGAGCUGAGGGCCUGGGAUGAUGUGCGCCUAAAGAGCCAGGGCGAUGAGGGUGAAGAUCUUCCUGGGGAUCAUGUAAGCGAGGAACAGUUCACGGAUGAGCAUGGAAAUAUUGUAACAAAAAAGAUUGUGCGUAAGGUUGUGCGCAGAGGGAAGGGUUCAGGUGAGGAGGGAGUUCAGGAGUUGAGCCUGGAGGGUUCUCUGCAGGAUGCCAACGAGCUGGAGGUUGAUGCUGAGCAGUUCAUGAGCUACGCCAUCCUGGGCCGGGACAGCAGCAAGCCCGAUACUGUGGAUGUGAAGAAAGGUGCUCAGAUAGUGAAAUGUGCCAGUCUGCGGAGAGUUAAGCAGUGAGGCAGAGUGAGUGCUGCGUCCCCGCAGAGCUCUCCACAGGAUUCAACCCCUUCACCAAAACCAUCCUACAUGGACACAUGACCAGCAGCAGCUGACAGGAGGAAGAACACAUAAAAAGGCAAACAGACCAUGACAACCAUAAAGGGUUGGCAACUAUCAGCACGCACCGGAAGAGAAGGAUACGGAUUUACUUGUAGUUUUUAUUACUUUUUUUUUUUUUUAAAGAAACCGUGGAAAAAAAAACAUGUACUAUUAGGCUAGAAGCAUGAUUUCGUACAAAACAAAAACCAGAAGAAAAAAAAAAACCUAGCAACCAAAACGUGCUUCCUGUAAUCUGUAUCAGCAUGAGUGACUGCUGCCGCAUGGCCUGUCUUUAACUACAAAUACUGAGGGAAUGUAAGGGUGGGUAAAAGGGGGGGGGGGGGACACACCGCUGUAUGGGACAGGGAUGCAAUGUAGGGUAUGGUCAUUACUGGCCCGUUUUCUACACUAACGGGGAAUAGUCUAUAAGUCAAACUUGGGAAAAGUGGAGACUAAAAUACAGAGAAUUACAUAAUCUCUAGGCAACAGGUUACUCCUCCCUGCCACACUCUUCCAGCUAGGAGCAUCACAAACUAGUUUAAACCUGUCCCAGUGCUCUCAAAGUCUAGUAAAGCUACAAUUAUCACCCAAGGAUAUCAGUGUUGUACAUAAUAUUGUAUGCACUAAAAUGCUCUACGUGACUGUGUGUUACGUGUGUUAUUUAUGUUCUAAGAUCCCUAUGCGAUGCCACUGAUGCUGCUGUUUCAGGUACAUGAGAAAUUUCUCCCUGUUUUUCUUGUUUGGUUCGUUCGGUCUGGACCUAUAUAUUAUUCUAUAUAUCUUGAGAUCUUUGUGUGUACAAGAACAUGCAUAUGUGUCGCUCUGCUUGUUUUUAAAUGUCGGUUUUUGUGUGUCAGGUUGUUUUUUUGUGCUUUUCAUGUGCUUUCACCCCUUGCUUUUGACAUGUCAAACUGUAGAGGGCAGACAUACUGUAAGUUGUUCACUGUACUGUGGGUUUUUGAGCUUUGGGAGGCUGGUUUCUGCAGUGAACAUGCCUCUCUGCCUUUCCUUCAGAGUGGGUUGCCUUGUGGAGAGGGUGACAAAGAGGUAUAUGAGGAGCAACAGAUUAACCUACUCUACCAUCCCAAUCCUCUGCUUUUUCUUGUCCCCAGUGUGCUGUAUAUCCUCGUGAGGUUUCUGUUAAUCAGAUAUCUGUCUGAGCCAAAAUCCCAAUACCCUCAAUCUUCUCUUAUUACCCUACCUCUUACCUCUCACCCCUGCAGUCAGCUUCUCAGACUAGAUGUAGCAGUCCUGUUCACCUCCAAGAGGGGGCGGGAUCCCACUUCAGCUCGUAGCAGUAUCAGUUCGACCUCUUUGUGCAGUAUAUGACACUACCACACAUAAGGUGCACUUAUAGACCAUCUCACCACCACCAUCCCCAGAAGAUGUCACUUGAUGAGAGUAUAAUAGCUGAAAUGCUGGUAAUAAUGUAGCACUGGUUUGACUAGGUAAAAGAAGAAGAGUAAGCUGCAGAAAGGAAAGUGUCGCAUCAUGGGUUGAGUGUGUGUUGAGCUUUAAUGUUUGUCGCCUUGGCAAUUGUUUGGAGUGUAGCAAAGACAGUCAGUCACCAAUCACUGUGAUGAGAAACUGUAAUACUGACCCGCAACUGUGAGCUUGACCCUUCCCGAAGCGUGUGUCUGUUUCACUCCUUUUUUUGUCAUGAUUUACUGUCUUAACUGUACUCCAGAAGAAGCAAUAACUGCUUACAAAAGGAAAGGGUUGCUUGUGUGAGUGUGUUUGAGAGUAUUUUUUGUGAUAGAGAGGAUUGUAGGGUCAUAGUUUGUGUUCUUCCUAAACUCUGGAUUUCAAUCUGUUAAGCACACCCUUAGGCUACUCCUCACUCCACUCAGAAAUGAUGUCAGUACAUUAGUAUCCCACGUUUCAUCACUUUGCCUCUCUAGACGAAAAGCUAUUAAGUUUUACACUAAGAUUGGGCAAAUAUUGGUAUGACCAGCCAUCUGCAUAAUGUCCAGUGUCUUUUUUUGUUACUCAUCAGGGAAUGUAGGUUGUUUGAUAGCUUUUAAGCCUUCAUUCAUAUGCACCUUGAAAGAAAUCCUAUUUUGUGUGUGUGUGUGUGUGUGUGUGUGUCUGUGUGUGUGUGUGUGUGUGUGUUUGUCUGUGUCUGUGAUUUUAAUAUCACAUAUUCAGUCCUGGAUAUUGGAACAUGUCAAAGUUGUGAUACUAUUGCAAAUGGACAAAGAGCAGAGGCUCUCAGAUUAAAACUCUAAUUCACAUAUUUUUUUAAAGUUGAUUUACCUCAAUAAGCGUGCCAUCUUUCAUGAUAUCAAUUACAUACAUGCAUUUAUUUCAAACAUUACAAUAGACAUUGAAUGCUUUAUUAUGUCGCAAAAACGCUGCAAUAAUCACCAAUCAAAUGUGUUUGUUUUAGUACGGCUUCACAGCCAGAGAUGAUGAAUGUACAGUCUUGUUAUAAAGUAGUCACCUGUGUGGGCUCUGUACUUCGUUCUGUUGUUUCAACUCAGUUUACGCUGUUGAUCAUCAACAUUCAUUACAAACAUACAUAGAAUUCAUUGAAGAGGAGAGAUUUAAAGAGAAGCCUCAAAUAGGUUGUAGACGUUUUAACAACUCUUUAUCAGAUAUUAUUUGUAUUUUAUUAUCUUUUCUAAUAACUUAAAUUAAAUGUCAUUAAAGAUUAGACGGCAGUGUGAUAUUGCAUGACCCCAUAUGUCAUAGCAUACGGUUUGCUCUAUAAGGGCUCAUAAUUAUGGUAUGCUUGGGUUGGCUUCUGAAGAAGGGUGUGUUUAUAAAUCCACUGCUGAUGUCAGGGUUGGAGCAAGGGAAGGGGGUCUGAUGAAAAGACAAUACGAUUUUGAAGUUAGAUGGCUUACUAAUCCUGACGGCUAGUUGAGAUGACAAGCAUUUUUCCUCAACACAACCCACCGCUAAUCUUUUUCUGCCCUCUUAACCAAAUAGAAGACUAAGCCGAUUCUAUAGGGCUCCCACAUGGUCACAGUAUGAACGCAGUUUGAAAGGAGUCCACCUAAGUGCAAGCAGAGGGAGGAGUAGGUACAUCACAAAUUACCAAUGGACAGCCCUGCACUGAGGGACCACUGAGAUGAUGCCAUGCACAAAGUUCAUGCAAAAAUAUUAACUGUUGCAAAAACUAGAGAACACAUGUAUAUUCCUUUAGAAUGGAUUGAAGAAAUUAUUAACGCAAUAGCAUAUUACUCAAUACUAAGGAAUGCAACUGCGCACAUGCACAGAAAAUGUUUUUAACAUAAAGGCUAUAUAUAUAUGAAAUAUAUGAAAAUAUAUAUAUAUACAUAUAUAUAUAUAUAUAUAUAUUUACUUAGAAUGCUAUGCACCCUUACUUGUCAACUGGGAUUCUAGUUAUGUUAUGGAUGUAUUUUUAGCAUCAUACAGCUGUAGCUACCAAGAGACUGUUGAGUUCUGGGUAAUGCCUGCAACCUGGGGAUAAAAUAGGGUUCUUGUGGGUAUUUUAACCUGUUUUGUUUGCUUUUUUUAUUGUUAUGGAGAGUAAAACAUGAAUUUAAAAUAUAGAUGUGAAAGCCUUUUAAUCCAAUCAAAUCCGAGGACAUCUAUUGACAAAUUACUCUGUACACCAGCUCAACAUUUACAAAAUUAAUAAAGAAAUGAAAUGUC